GCUGUCACAUUCCUUCAGCCACACCCACUCCGUCCGACCUUAUAGUAGUCUCCUCAGGCCACGCCCACUUACCUGUGCCAUCUGAUGUCCAUUAAUCGUUGUGUCCCCGCCCGCUCGAAACCUGACAGCGGCUGCCGUUCCGGAGCUCCACGCCGCUGAGCCCCCAUGUUCCGGGCCGCAUUCAGCCGUCUGUCCGUUCGGGCUCUGCCGGCUGUAGCUGCCGUGCUGCUGCGACAGAAAGAAAACGAAGCGAAAGAGCGACGCGGGAGGAGACCGAGGAGCUGGAGGAAAGAAACGCAUCCGUAUUAUAACCUGAGCGUGAAGGUGCUGAGAGCCAGAAAUAUACACGGAGCUGACCUGUUAUCGAAGGCAGACUGCUAUGUGCAGUUACGACUUCCCACUGCAUCACCGAUUGCUUCUAGAACGAAGGUCAUCUACAAUUCCAGUGACCCUGAAUGGAAUGAAACUUUUCACUAUCGUAUUCAUGGAGCUGUCAAGAACAUUCUCGAGCUGACUCUGUAUGACAGAGAUGUUGUGGUGGAUGACCACCUCUCUUCUGUUGUGUUCGAUGUGGGAAACAUUAAGCCCGAGGAAACCAUCAGACGAGCCUUCAAGCUGAACACAAAGAACAAAGAAGUGUUAGAAGUUGAGUUUUUCCUCAAGAAAAGCCCAGAACCACCCACCCAGAUUAUCACUAAUGGAGUUGUCGUGGCUCAUCCCUGUCUGUGUAUUGAAGGAAGAAUCCACCAAGGACAAAAGCAACAUGGAGAGAAAGGGGAUCGUCUCCUGAAGCUAUCAGUGCCUGGUUCUUAUGAAAAGCAAAUCUGUACCCCGUUUGAAAAAUCAGCACCUUGCAACGAGGGAAUACCUUUUCUGUUCCAUGUGGAUAAAGACAUGAGCCCGCAGCUUGACGUCUACCUGCAGCAGACUCUGCGAAUUGGACAGGAUGACCUGGCUCCUGAGCUUGACAAACAAGUCUUGAUAGUGGGUGAAGGAUCUCUACCAGUUUCAUCCCUUCAUGAAGGGCAGGAAGAAGAGAUAAAUCUCCCUUUGUCCAAGGACCAAAAGCUUGGGAUGAAUUUGAAAACAGAGGAGCUCUCCCAGGAGCUUGAUGUGCGUCUUGGUUUUGAUCUGUCUAAAGGGGAGAAAACCUUUCUUGAGAAGAGAAAGGUAGUCGCCUCCCAAUGCCUUGGAAAGGCUCUACAGCUGAGCAGAAUCCCUAAAACAGAAGAGGUUCCAGUGAUUGCUGUACUGGGUUCAGGAGGAGGAACUCGAGCGAUGACCUCGUUCUAUGGAAGCCUGUUAGGACUUCAGGAUCUGAACAUACUGCACAGUGUCACAUAUAUCUCUGGGGUGUCGGGAUCAACAUGGUGUAUGUCUACGCUUUAUGAGGACCCUGACUGGUCACAGAAGGACCUCAGAGAUCCGAUCAGCAAGGCGAGAAACUUUGUAACAGCCAGCAAGGCAGGAGCAUUCUCACCCGAGCGGCUGCGACACUGUACACAGGAGCUUAUGGCCAUGGAGAAAGAUGGCUAUAAUGUCAACUUCACUGACCUGUGGGGCCUUGUGAUUGAAUACUUCCUGCAUCAGAAGGAUAACCCGGCCAAACUGUCAGACCAGCAGCAGUGCGUAGCGAGAGCUCAGAACCCUUACCCUAUCUAUGCUGGAGUCAAUGUCCGAGUGAACAUUAGUGGUGGAGAAUUUGCAGAAUGGUGUGAGUUUACACCCCAUGAGGUUGGAUUCCGGAAAUACGGAGCCUUUGUGCGCGCGGAGGAUUUUGGAAGCGAGUUCUUCAUGGGGCAUCUCGUUAAAAAAAGAAAAGAACCUAAAAUCAGUUUCCUACAAGGUGUUUGGGGCAGUGCAUUUGCUGCAAAUCUUGAUGAGAUAUGGGCUCGGGCUGCUGGCACGGGAAUUCGCUGGCUCAACUCUUUGACGGAUGUCAUAAAAGUAAUAGAUGACUGUCGUAAAUUACACUUCCGGGAUUUUCGCCUACAGACUCGCCUGGUGAUGCCAGGGGGAAUCGUGUCAAGCAUAUUCCAGGAAUUCUUUAAGUCUCGAUUUACUGCUGCUGAGCUAUAUAAUUUCACACGAGGUCUUUAUCUCUACAAGAACUAUGUCGGAGUCAGAGAGUUUGUGGCAUGGAAAGGGAAUCACCUGGAUGCUUUCCCUAAUCAGCUAACUCCAAUGGAGGAAAAUCUGUACUUAGUUGAUGGUGGCUUCUCUAUUAACUCCCCUUUCCCACUUGUACUGCAGCCAGAAAGAGAUGUUGAUGUUAUUUUAUCUUUCAAUUACUCUUGGGAUGCCCCAUUUCAGGUCCUGGACCUCACCAAACAAUACUGCAGAGAGAGGGGCAUCCCAUUCCCUGAUACAACCAUAAGUGAGGAGGAUGAGAAACUCCCAAAGGAGUGUUACGUUUUCAUGGAUAAGGACGACUCUGCAUGCCCCAUAGUGCUUCACUUCCCAAUGGUCAACAACACAUUUCGUAAAUUCAAAGCACCAGGGAUUGUUCGUGAGACAGAAGAGGAAAUAAGCAAUGGUGACUUUUCUCUAACUGAAAAGGACUCUCCAUUCCGGACAAAGAAUUUCACUUAUGAGCCAAAUAACUUCGACCAACUAAUAGAAGUAAAUCGGUAUAAUGUACUGAACAACAAGGAUCAAAUUUUGGGUGCCCUUACGGCUGCUUUGGCAAAUAGAAAACAUAAAGCAACCAGGAGAUAUUCUAAAAAAUAAUACAUAUUUAAAGAAGUGCCUUCAUCGUCUGGCACUUUCUCCGUUCUCCUAAACAAUGGAUAACUUACAAAAAAAGAGAUUGCUUAACAGGGAGGCAAAAUUAUGCAGCUGAUGGAAACGGGAAGUUAAGAUCGCUGCUCCCGUGGUACAUACUUUGGUCCAUUUCGCAGAUAUAUAUUACAUGUUUCAAUUGGUACACAUUAAUAAUUUUGUGUUAUUGUACUGAGCUGUAAAAUGUAGCAUUUGGGAAAAGUGACUUUUGUUUUGGUUCAUCUUCUGCACACAAAUAUUUUUAUAAAAUUUUUACUGUUGCAUAA